AUGUCGACCGCAAGUUCCAGUGGUUUCGAUCAAUAUAUGACCAUCUUCUCGCCUGAGGGCAGGCUUUUUCAAGUUGAGUACACGUUUAAAGCCAUUAGCCUUGACGGCUUGACUUCUGUCGGUAUUCGUGGUGAAGAUUGUGCUGUUGUUGCCUGUCAAUGUAAGCUGCCAGACAAACUCAUUGACCGCAGUUCCGUCUCGCGCCUCUUCUCUCUAACGCCGCAUACUGGAUGUCUUAUGACCGGUAUGAUGCCCGACUGUAGGUCUCAAGUGCAACGCGCUCGAUACGAGGCCGCGAAUUUUAAAUAUAAAUUUGGUUAUGAGAUGCCAUGUGAUGUCCUUCUUAAGAGAAUUGCCGAAAUCAACCAAGUUUACACCCAGUCUGCGGAAAUGCGUCCUCUUGGCUGCUCGAUGAUGGCUAUUUCUUAUGACGAAGAACUUGGUUGUGCUCAGCUUUACAAAACUGACCCUAGUGGCUUCUUUGCCGGUCAUCGGGCGAUUGCCGUAGGUACAAAACAAAUGGAAGCCAAAAACUAUUUGGAAAAGAAGCUCAGAAAACAACAAAAUUACACCCUUAAUGAAGCGAUCGAAGCGGCGAUCAGUUGCCUAUCCCACGUACUCUCCCUUGAAUUCAAACCAUCAGAGCUCGAAAUUGGUGUCGUGUCAAAAGAGAACCCUAUUUUCAGAGCUCUGACAGUUGAUGAAAUUGACGCACACCUAACUCGAAUGGCUGAAAAGGACUAA